AUGAGAACAAUUACUUCCGCCGGUGUCGUUCUCGGUCUUGCCUCUAUGGCGAGUGCUUUUACGUAUGGAUACAACCAUGUUCCCCUCAGGAAGGACUCGGAAAUCGUUGCCAGUGCUUUCGAGGACGUCGAGGAUGUUGAGCUCCUCUCUCCGGCUUUCUUGACAUCUGAUGUCCGGCUUCCUGGAUUUACCAAUGGUACCCAGGGACCGUCUUCUCAAGAUGAUAUGGAGGCAUUCCUUGAGGAACUAGCUGAACGAAAUAAUUACAUCACCUAUGGUAUCGCCAACUUCACCUCAGAAGAGCACCGCUCGUUCCCAUACGUUCACCUCUCCACCAGUCGCAAUAACCUCCCCCGCGGCAAGUCCUCCAAGGUGCGUGUAUGGAUCCAAGGCGCAGUGCACGGAAACGAGCCCGCCGGCGACGAAGCUACCCAAGCUCUGCUGGGCAAAUUCGACGCCGAUCCAGAAUGGGCUUCCUCAAUCCUCGACAAGCUCGACAUUUUCAUUCUACCCCGGUAUAACCCCGACGGCGUGUUCUACUUCCAGCGCACGCUCGCAAGCAACUUCGACCCGAACCGCGACCACAUCAAGCUCGCUCGCCAGCAGACGCGCGAUAUCAAAAAGCUCAUGAACCGCUUCAACCCGCACGUCAUCGUCGAUAUGCACGAGUACUCUGCCUUUUCGCAGUUUGGUGACGGGAAAUAUGUUCACGGCUCGGACGGUCUGUUCUCUGCGGCCAAGAACCUUAAUAUCAACGAGGGAAUCCGCACGCUCUCUGAGGAGCUGUUUGCAAAGAAUAUCGCAGAUGAUAUGGAAACUGCUGGCCUCCGCGCUGAGCCUUACGUGACUGGCUCUUCUGUGUCGAAUUCGUCCGUUGUCGCGAACUUCGCCGAGGCUGGUACGGAUGCGAAGAUUGGUCGCAACGCGAUGGGUCUGACGCAGGCCGUGGUUUUUCUUCUUGAGACGCGUGGUAUUGGGAUUGCUGAUCAGGAGUUCCAGCGUCGCACGGCUGCUGGUUUGACCAUGGUGGGCAGUAUUGUGCAGACUGCUGCCGAUAACGCCGAGCAGGUCUUCGAUACCAUUGAGGGCGGGAUUGAGGAGUUCAUCGAGUCGGAAGACGAUAUCAUCGUUACUGACUACAGUGAGGUUGAGGUUCGCUCGUUCACAAUGGUCGAGAGAGAGACUGGGAACAUCGUCCGGCCGUCUGUCCGUUUUGCAUCCACAACCCCUUCCUUCGCAAACCUCACUCGCUCCCGUCCCGAGGCCUAUCUGAUUCCCGUGGCCUGGGCCGAUCUCGCCGAGCGCCUUCGUGUUGCUGGUCUGGAAGUCGAGACGCUGGAUAAGCCGUUCGAGGGCACCGUAGAAGCGCUGACUGUUACAUCCGCUGAGAUCGACACUUCCUACUACGAGGGAGUGAUUCGGGUGACGGCGACUACGAAGAGCAGCGAGCGCAAGUUGAGCCUGCCUGCGGGAAGCUUCCUCGUGAGUACGCGACAGAAGAAUGCAGGCCUGGCCAUCGUGGCGCUCGAGCCGGAGAAUAUUGACUCUUAUGUUUCGUUCAACAUCGUGCCUGUGGAGGAGGGGGAUGGGUAUCCCAUUUUUAGGAUCUUGGCUUAA